ACUCUUUCUCCGACCAAUAAUAGACCCCUCACGUCAAAACACUUCCGGUUUGCUCUCCAACUUGCCUUUCCAUCGGAGCAGAUAUCAGAGGAGUGAACACCACGUAGACCAUAAGCUAAAAAAAAAAAACAUAAAGAUGCCUCCCAAAAAGACAGAAGCUCCCAAACAGCCUACAUUAAUUGGACGAUUUGGAACCUCUCUGAAAAUUGGAAUUGUGGGAUUACCUAAUGUUGGGAAAUCCACCUUUUUUAAUGUGCUGACCAAAAGCCAAGCUUCUGCAGAGAACUUCCCUUUCUGCACAAUUGACCCAAAUGAGAGCAGGGUACCUGUUCCUGAUGAGCGAUUUGAUUUUCUCUGCCAAUACCACAAACCAGCCAGUAAGGUUCCAGCUUUUCUAAACAUUGUGGACAUUGCUGGUCUGGUGAAGGGAGCUCACUCAGGACAGGGACUUGGAAACGCCUUUCUCUCCCACAUCAGUGCCUGUGACGGCAUCUUCCACAUGACUCGUGCGUUUGAUGAUGAGGAUAUUAUCCACGUGGAGGGUAACGUUGACCCAGUGAGGGACAUUGAGAUCAUCCACGAGGAGCUGCGACUAAAGGACGAGGAAAUGAUUGCUCCAAUCCUUGACAAACUGGAGAAAACUGCAGUCAGAGGAGGUGACAAAAAACUCAAACCUGAAUAUGAUAUCAUGUUAAAGGUGAAACAUUGGAUAGAGGAGGAGAAGAAACACGUCAGAUUUUACCAUGACUGGAACGACAAAGAGAUUGAGGUGUUAAACAAAUACCUGUUUCUGACAUCCAAGCCCAUGAUCUACCUGGUCAAUCUCUCAGAGAAGGAUUACAUCAGAAAAAAGAACAAGUGGUUGGCGAAAAUCAAGGAAUGGGUAGACGCUCAUGACCCCGGUGCUCUGGUCAUUCCCGUGAGCGGAGCUCUUGAGUCUAAACUGCAGGACAUGGAGGAGGAGGAGAAGAAAAAGUACUGCGAGGAAAUGAAGACUCAGAGUGUUAUGACCAAAAUAAUCAAGACCGGCUACGCAGCACUACAGCUGGAAUACUUCUUCACAGCCGGACCAGAUGAGGUGCGGGCGUGGACCAUCAGGAACGGUACCAAGGCUCCUCAAGCUGCAGGAAAGAUCCACACUGACUUUGAGAAAGGCUUCAUCAUGGCCGAGGUCAUGAAGUACAAUGACUUCAAAGAGGAGGGCAGUGAAAAUGCAGCCAAGGCUGCUGGAAAAUACAGGCAACAGGGCAGGAACUACGUGGUGGAGGACGGCGACAUUAUCUUUUUCAAAUUCAACACACCCAAUGCACCUAAAAAGAAACCAUAAGACCAUACGAUCAGCAGAGGGAGAACUCAGAAUAUUGUUUAGUUGGGCCUCAAAGAGCUACACUGUUUGCUGGUUUUCAUACUUCUCUUUGAAUUCAGAGGACCAGCACAUGGCUUGGUUGGCCAGAGGUUUUUACUCAACCGACCUCCCAGGUCUAUUGAAAUGAUUAACGUUUCUGUACGAGAAUAACACACAUUCCUAUCUGUAAUAUUUGGAGCAAAUUUUCAAAUGGCACUAACUGUACCAGUCAUACAUUUUUGAAAACACUAAAUUCCAGCUUUCAUGGUCGAAGAACGGGUAUAAUUGAACUGAGAAAUAUAUAAUUUUUGAUUUUACUAGAAAUAGAUGUAUAAACGGUAACAGAACACAAACUGCACAUUGUUUUCUAAUUGAUGCUGGCCCUGUCCAUGUGUUUUUAAUAUGCAUCAGAUGAUCAGAGCUUGUCCUCUUUUCUAGAUAUUUUUCGAUCAUUUAAGCCACAAUGCUCAAAGAGACUUUUUGUUGAAAUUUAUCUUUAUUUAUUCCAUUCCUCUGAGUAAUAACAGCUCGCCUUUCUGUCAUUAGUUGACAAUUACCCGACUGUGGACUGCUGAUUAAUUGGCGAGCUUUCACAUCAUAACGACACUUUUAAUUAGUGCUUUAUUACAGGCACCUGUGUGCUCAAUCUGUAAAUCAGCUCUUAUGUCAUAAAAUAAAUUUAAACAGUUCCACCAUGAGUGAUAGUAAUAUACAACAUUUGUUGUUUGCCACAGGUGCCUAAUCAGCAUUAAUUAGGUAAAGGCCAUCUUUAAUGAGUUUUAGGUAUUUUCUCCUAGAAUUAAGAAGACAAACUAUUUUCUCAGUUCCUUUAUACCUUUUACCUGAAUUAAACUUUGUUUUAUGCUAUUGACAAUAAAGUCUUAAUACCUUUGCCAAUUAUGCUGAAAUAUACUGUCUAUAAAUGUUUUACUGGUGCUGUGUUUAGUAUUAAGAGAAAAUGAAAGCCAUCACGCAGUGUUGUACUUUAGGCCAGUACUGUGCUGUAUUCUGAGUGGGAAGAAUAUUGUUAUUUUAGAAAGAGCAAAGCAGGCAUCCCUGAAAGUGCAGGAAUAAGACACCCGAAUAGAGAAUGUUGUUAUAAACACUGCUUUUAUUGACUUUGGUUUGGGCUGGUUAAAAAAAGGACGACAUUUACUUUAUGAACUCCACCCUGUGUUGCGAGACAAUGCUUUAUUGUAAAUCAGCUACAAGAGCGCUGUGGAUCACCUGGAUUGUGCAGCCUCAUGAUGCCUCUUGUUUCACCUCACUGAAUCCAUAGUGUGAAUCUUUAUUUUCAAGAGCACCCAACGAUCCCAUCAUUAAAGAUUCUGUGGAGGAUAGAAAAUCCCAUGAACCUUAGGGAGCCAAGAUAUAAUAAAUGUCAUCCUCAUCAAUAUGCAUGUGUCAAUAAAAGGAGACAAACCUGUCA